ACGCGAUAUCAACACUUGAUACUCCUUCACGACAAGCAAAAUACGCCCAGAGUCACAGAGUCAAGCCUGUCGAAAGGCUCCAGAUCGCCCAUCAUGUCUUCGGCUCAGGUCCCUGCCAAGAAGCAGCAGGAUCUCCAGGCCACCUACUCCAACUACAAGAACACUCUGCAGCAAAUAGCCCAGAAAAUCGGUGACAUCGAGCAAGAAGCCGAGGAGCACAAGCUUGUUUUGGAAACUCUAGAGCCUCUCUCCGGAGACCGAAAGUGUUUCCGCCUCAUCAACGGUGUGCUUGUCGAGAGGACCGUCAAGGAUGUAGUGCCAGCCCUCAAGACCAACCAAGAAGGCCUCCGCAAGGUCCUUGAUGAUCUUGUAAAGCAGUACAAGACCAAGCAAGACGAUCUUGAGAAGUGGAAGAAAAAGAACAACGUGCAGGUUGUACAGCAAUAA